AUGGCGUCCGCUUCUCGACUCGGCAGCUCGCUGAGGCUGCUCUCCCAGCAGGCUUCCGCCCUCGUCGGUCCAAGUACCGCUUCUCGCACCCUCACAACCUCAGCGAUCGCCUCUGCAGCAGCGAAAAAGCCCGCCUCUGUCAAAAAGAAGGCGGUGGUCAAGAAGAAGGCUACCCAUUCGGGCCCACGAUCGUCCGGUGGUCGUCGCAAAGGAGGCGCUGACUCCACCACCGGUCUUUCCAAGACGUCCGAGUUUCACGUCGAUGCACCGGACAUGUCGCACCUGCCUUUCCUGCACGCUGAGAGCCUUACAUCCACCUCUGCCGGCCAGACGUUCGCCUUCAGCGACCAGACACUUGCGGCAUUCAAAGCGUUCGGUCUGCCACAGGAGCUCGAGCGCGAUCUUGCAUCUCAACCAAAGCCCCGCUCGCUGGUGCGUCAACAGACGCUCGAUCUGCUCGACAAGCUCGACGCAGCGUCCAAAGGGAAGAAGGGGUUGAGCGUGGUGCUCGACGGACAGAGGGGGAGCGGCAAGUCGACGUUGUUGGCGCAAUCGAUUGCGUACGCGCUGGACGACGGGUGGGUGGUCGUGUCCGUACCGAGGGCAAUCAACCUGGUCAACUCGUCGACCAUGUACAGCUACAGUGCGGGCCACAAGGCGUACUUGCAACCGGAAGCGACAAAGGCGUUGCUCGAGGCGACGCUCAAGGUCAACGGUGGCGCGCUGAAGGGGAUUAAGACGACAGUGGCUGUCGAUGUGGACGGGUCCAAGGUGGAAGCGGGAACAUCGCUCGAGGCGCUUCUCAAGCGUGGGAUCGACGAAGCCGCGUCCGCCUCCGCGAGACAGACCAUUCUGGAAACGCUGUUCACCACCCUCGCUACGCAGACCGAAGUUCCCGUGCUCAUCGCCGUCGACGACGCACAAGCGCUCUUCCGAACAUCUCUCUACAAAGAUCCGGACUUUAUCAACCUCGAGUCCUUUGAGCUCGGUCUCCCUCGCGCCCUCCUCACCCUCCUCACCACCCCCACCCUCACCCGCGGCGCAAUCAUCUCCGCCCUCUCCACCACGCACACCGAAUUCCCUACACCACCAGAACUCACGCUCGCCCUCUCCCCCUCCACACGUCCGAUCACACAAGCCAUCAACGCGUACACCAAGCUCCACCCGCAACACCUCGAGCACGCGCGUCUCGCCGCUAAGUACGCCGAAAAGAUCGACACCUCCCAGCCGCUCUCCCGCUCCGAGGCGGCAGCCAUCUUUGCGCAGCUCAAGGACGAACGUCGACACUGGAGUGCGGUCAACGACGAACUGUUCAUGGAGAAGCUCGUCGAGUCGAACGGCAACGCGCGGAUCUUCAGUCGAAGUCUCGUUUCGACCCUCUUGUAG